GAGUGAUGUGAUCACUUACCAUAAACACCAAAGACAGUUUGGAUGCAGAAAAACAUCAGACAUCAGUGAAGAGACUUCAUCCAGGUUUCACUCUGAAGAAUGGCAAACAUCUCUGUUAACACCAGCCUCCUGAAUGACAGCUAUGUCGACCCCUCUCUGGCUGAGUACCAAAGAUAUGUCUCCUCCAUCAUGCAUGUAGUGAAAUACAUCACCGUUGGUAUCGGUCUCCCUUUGACACUCACGGCCAUCUAUGCUCUCUACUCUUUGGUAAAGAAUGGUCAUGUGGCUCCAAUCUAUGUCAUCAACCUUUUCAUAUCUGACCUCAUUCAGCUCUGCUGUAUGAUCAUUCAGGAGUCCAAACCUGAGGGAGAGAUGACAAAGAACAUUGUGGGCUAUAUUUACACAUGUGGCGUAUUAACUAGUGUUGCCUUCAUGCUGUGUAUUUCACUGGAAAGAUAUUUGCUCAUCGCCCACCCACUGUGGUACCGCUUCAGACGAACCAUCAGGACCUCUGUGGCGGUCUGUGUUGUAGUCUGGAUCAUACCUCCUGUCUGUUACCUCACUGUGUUCCGCUGGGUUACUAGAUUUGUCACACGUAUCAUCCUCUCCAUCUUCCUCAUCAUUCCCUUCCCACUGUUCAUAUUCUUCCUGGUUGGGACCCUCAGAGCUCUCUCUACUUCUGUCUCAGUCCCCUCUGAUGAAAAACGGAGAAUUGCGGCAAUUUUAGUCCUGGUGCUGCUGAUUUAUACUCUGCUGUUCCUGCCUAACAUUAUUUGGCUCAUUGCAAAAUCGUACAUCUAUGAUUACAACCUACAUUUACUGGCUGUCUUGUCUCUAAAGCUGAGUCCACUUGCAGACUUACUUCUGUACGUUUUCAUCAAAAAAGAGACCUUUGGGAAGCUUUGGACCUCUGUGUGCUGUUGCAGAAAGGAGAACAAUGACACCAACAACACCAACACAAUCAAUCUAGAUGACAUCAGUGGUUAUCAGUUAGGGGGGCAGAGCCAAGAAGUAGCUCAUUGAUCUGUUUCAGAAGGUCACAAAUAUGGGGGCCAGAAGUUAUGGAUAUCUGAGUGAGCUCAUGUAUAUAUUUGAUUUAUUCCAUUUCCCCAUAAUAAGGAGUAAAUUUAGGUUGUUUCCCAAAGAUCUCAACUAUUUAUCUCCUUUCUCAGGAUGACAAACCCGAGUUUCCCAACAUAACAAGGUCAUUCCUCAAGAAAGAUCCAAAACUUCCCUUUUCAUGUGAAAGUGGAGUAAAGUGACUUGAAUGCAUGCUUGUCCUCUGUUUCCAUUCUUUCAAACAUGUUUGUUUUGUGCUGUCUUGCUGUUCAGUCGUGUUUCGUUCCACCUAAACUGCAACAUCUUUUUAUUCAGUACAUCUGAGUGGUUGAACAUUUGUCUACAUUUGGACCAGGAUUCUCAUGAAGAAGGUAGGGGAGUGUCCUGAGGAUGAAGAUAGGAGAAAACACGCCACAAAUGUUCUCCCUAAACAUUAUUUGUUAAGCUGUUCAUUUAAUACAUAUAAAUGAAUAUUAAAACAGCUGUACUUAUCUACUCUCUACAUUGUUUUAUCAGUAGAAGUUUUCCUGUGCAGUUUUAGUACGAUAUCUUCAGGAUGUGAUUCAGAGAAAUUUCUUUGUUUUGUGUUUUUGACAAAUUGAAAAAAAUUCACAUCAUCU